ACGCAAAAAGACAUCUCUUCGUCCUAAACAUUUUACAUAUUGUCCUAAUACAAAGGACUUUUAUCCACCCCUCAUUAAUUUCCUGUCAAUAUAACCCUAGAUAAAGCCACCUCGUCAAGAUGAUGUUAUAUAAGCUUGUUGUACUGGGAGAUGGUGGCGUUGGGAAGACCGCUCUCACAAUUCAGCUGUGCUUAAACCAUUUUGUUGAGACAUACGAUCCAACAAUUGAAGAUUCAUAUCGGAAACAAGUUGUAAUAGAUGACCAGCCUUGUGUAUUAGAGGUACUGGACACUGCUGGACAAGAGGAGUAUACUGCCCUUCGUGAUCAGUGGAUUAGAGACGGAGAAGGUUUUCUUUUAGUCUAUUCUAUAUCUUCACGUUCAACAUUUGAACGGGUUGAACGAUUUCGAGAUCAAAUUACUCGUGUAAAAGACACUGACAAUGUUCCUCUUAUGCUUGUUGGUAAUAAGUGUGAUAAAAUCACUGAACGCGAGGUUUCAAGAGAAGAAGGAAUGAAUAUGGCAAGAAAACUCAGAUGUGAAUUUAUUGAAAGUUCAGCAAAAACAUGUGUAAACGUUGAGCGAGCAUUUUAUACAGUAGUAAGGAUGAUACGUGCAAAUAGAGAUGGUGGUCGAGGAGAAAAAAAGAAGAGCAAAAAACCAAGAUGCAUAAUCCUAUAAUUUUUUACCUUAAAAAAAAUUAUUUGAAAAUUAUCGAGGUAAGUCAAAGGAAAAAUGCAAGGUUUUAAUAAUUGGUAUUUUAGGAUUUGUAGUUAUGUAAAAAGCAAAAAAUGAAUUUCUAUUAUUAUGGGGCAUUUUGAUUUUAUACACAUUAGUGAGAUGGGUCAUAUUAUACACCGAAGUAUAAAUUUUGUAUUUCAUGAUUUUUAUAUUUUAAACAAACAUCAUAUUAUACACCAUAAAAAAGUUGAUAUACCCUUUUGAAUUACUGUCAUUUUCCGAAUUAUGUUAUGUUUUUAAUACAUGCAGUUAUUUUUUAUUUAAACCCUGACCUUCUCUUGAACUUUUAUAUAUUUUCUUAUUUUGAUUAUUAUAUUCCUUUAUUAAAUUAGGGGAUUUUUUUUUUCUAAUCAAGAUUGUAAUUAUUAUGUUAUUUAACAAAAAAAG